ACACCUCGGCGCAUAGCUGCAAUCGCACAGUAGGAACAUACUCCGGCCUUCAAGAUGCUGGCUGGACGGGCUUUCGCAGCCCCCGCGCGGCAAUGCCUGCGACGGGUGAACGGUACCUCCAGAUGGGCGCCCGCGCUUGCGCAGGCUCAGUCGCGAUCCAUCGUCACCGCGGAGAAGGACAAGGUCGCCAGGUUCAAGGGAACCAAGGGCAACGAUGGGAAAUUCACAGUCACGCUGAUUGAGGGCGACGGCAUCGGGCCUGAGAUUGCGCAGUCGGUCAAGGAUAUCUACUCGGCAGCCAACGUGCCUAUCAAGUGGGAGCCGGUCGAUGUAACCCCGCGGCUGAAGGACGGCAAGACGGUCAUUCCGGACGAAGCCAUUGAGAGCGUCACGAAUAACUACGUUGCGCUCAAAGGCCCCCUCGCGACUCCUGUCGGCAAGGGUCAUGUCUCUCUCAACCUGACGCUCCGCCGGACCUUCAACCUCUUCGCCAACGUGCGGCCCUGCAGAUCGAUUGCCGGCUACAAGACCCCGUACGACAACGUGGACACUGUUCUGAUUCGUGAGAACACCGAGGGAGAAUACUCUGGUAUUGAGCAUGUCGUGGUCGAUGGUGUUGUGCAGAGCAUCAAGCUCAUCACUCGCUCGGCCUCGGAGCGCGUUCUGCGAUAUGCCUUCCAGUAUGCGCGGGACAUUGGCAGGAACAAGGUGCGCGCUGUGCACAAGGCCACCAUCAUGAAGAUGUCCGACGGGCUCUUCUUGAGCACUGCGCGCGAUGUCUCCAAGGACUUCCCCGACAUUGAGUUUGACGCUGAGCUUCUGGACAACACCUGCUUGAAGAUGGUCACCGAUCCGCUGCCAUACAACGACAAGGUUUUGGUCAUGCCCAACCUGUACGGAGACAUUUUGUCUGAUAUGUGCGCUGGACUCAUUGGUGGUCUCGGUCUCACGCCGUCCGGAAACAUUGGCGACGAGUGCUCCAUCUUCGAGGCCGUGCACGGGUCCGCCCCUGACAUCGCUGGAAAGCAGCUUGCCAACCCGACUGCUCUGCUUCUUUCUUCCAUGAUGAUGCUGCGACACAUGGGUCUCAACGACCAUGCCAACAACAUCGAGUCCGCCAUCUUCAAGGUCCUUGCUGAGGGCAAGGUAGGCAUCCUUACUGAUCCUGACACUAACAUGACAUGCUAACAUUACGCAGACCAUCACUGGCGAUCUCGGUGGAAAGGCAAAGACCUAUGAGUACGCGGACGCGGUUAUCAAGGCAUUGAAAUAGAUUUCCUUUGGUUGAUUGACGAGCAUUGGGAUGAGGGAUGGCGGUGAUGCAUUUUGUCUAUAUGUACCAG